AUGUCUUCACAAGUCUGUCAUGGCAUGCACAACGGGGUAAUUCAGAAUAUUCAGGCCGACCUGCCGUGUGGUGUCACCAACUCCAGUCAUCCCCAUGUUACCUGCUGCGUCAAUGGCGAUUACUGCCUCAGCAACUCCAUCUGCGUGAACACGAACGAUAAGAACGGGGAUUAUUAUUAUGCGGCCGACUGCACAGACGAGACCCUGACAGAUCCUGCCUGCGGGACACGAUGUGGAGGCAGAAACAGCGCCGAGAUCGUAUACACCUCCGAUGGCUACUGGGCCUGCUGCGAAAAUUCAUCCGGGACGGUCAACUGCUCGAACCCUUCCGAUGAAAUCUUCCCCGGCGUCGCACCCUCAAAACUCGCGACCAUUCAAUAUCUGCCGUCCACGGCGUCCGGCACGCCAACUUAUGCGGUCGCAUCUUCUACCUCUACCUCCGAUUCCUCAAACGCUAAUACCACGACAACUUCCUCCUCUUCCUCUUCCUCUACCGAUUCAUCCAGCAGUGCAUCUUCCGGUAUCGGUGCCGGCGCGGCAGCCGGAAUCGGUGUGGGCGCUGCCGCAGGAUUCGUCAUCGUCGCAGCCAUACUAGCACUUCUGUACUUCCGCCGGCGGAAAGCGCAGAAUAAUGGCCUUCCCCAAGGAGCAGGGGGAUAUAAUGGGUUGGGAGAUGGUUCGUGGGCGCAGACUCAGCCCGUGGUUCAUUCCGUAUAUGAGCUGGAUCGGACCGGGCCGCAUCCCGAACUGGAUGGACAGCCUAAAGUUAUGUAA